AUGAUGCUCUAGUCGACCAUGGAGUUCAGCUCGUCGUCUGUUUUUGAUCAGCAUAAAGAUUCUGCAGAGGAAGUCGACCUGAAUGUGGUAUAUCAGGCAGCAGCCAAUGGCGACGUCAAUACGUUGACGGCGAUCAUUCGCGAGGAUCCCUCCAUUUUGGAAUGCUGCGAUGGCGAAGGCUCCACCCCUCUGAUGCACGCCGUGUCCGGCAGGCAGGUGGACACUGUGAAACUGCUGUUGAAGAUGGGGGCUUCCAUCAACACUCAGGAUGCAUGUGGUAGAACCUCUCUCUCCCUGGCAACGUACCUGGGAUGGCUUGAAGGCUGUGUGUGUUUACUCCGCAACGGAGCUAAACAGAACAUCCCAGACAAAAACGGACGUCUGCCACUUCACGCUGCGACUGCCGAGACUGACCUAAGGCUCAUGGCUGUCCUGCUCCAGCAAUCAACACUGUGCGAAAUAAAUCACCAAGACAACGAGGGCAUGACGGCUCUUCAUUGGGCGUCCUUCCACAACCGGCCUCAACACGUCCAAGCCCUUCUGCAGAAGGGGGCAGACCCCACCCUGGUGGACAAAGACUUCAAAACCGCCCUUCACUGGGCUGUGCAGAGUGGGAGCAGGUUUAUGUGCUCACUCAUCCUGGACCACCACCUGGGCUCCUCCGUCAUCAACUACGACGAUGAGAAUGGCAAGACCUGUGUGCACAUCGCCGCUGCCGCCGGCUAUAGUGACAUCAUCUAUGAGCUGGCACGUGUCCCAGAGACCAACCUGCAGGCGCUGGAUGUGGACGAGAGGACCCCUCUCCACUGGGCAGCGGCGGCAGGGAAGGCGGACUGCGUCCAGGCCUUACUGCAGCUGGGCGUGGACCCCGGGCCGCGGGACAUCAACGAGAACACGCCCCUCACUUAUGCAAUGUACUGCGGCCACACAGCCUGCAUCAAGCUCCUCUCCACAGAGAGCAGAUCUGAAUCAGCCAGGCAGCUGCAUUCCCAGAACAGCGACCAGACUCAGAAAAAGGAGGGGAAGUUCAGCGUGCUCAACCAGAUAUUCUCCUGCAAAAAGAAGAAGGAGCACCAGGCAGCAAGGCAGAAGGACAAGAGCCGAGACCGCCACCUGAGGGAGGAGACGUCCGAGGUGGAUGACAUCAUCACCAUGUUCGACUGCAUCAUGGACUCCUCCGGAAGCGAGCAGUCUGAGGACAGUUCCGAUGUCAGGAAGAGGCCCGGCGAAAAUCAGAAGCACCACCUCAAGCAGAAUCACACAGCGAAGGAAUACAAGGGGCUCCCACCCAUAAGGACGCAAAGUCUUCCUCCCAUCACUCUGGGAAACUCUUUGUUGGCCAGCUCCCAGAAUGCAGUGCAAGGCAGCACCCCAGGGCAAAUGGCCUACCACUUUGCCCACAGGUCUCAGAAGAGCAGGAGUGAACACGACUUGUUUGACAACAGACCCAAGGGCCAGGCGCUGCUCAGUAAUUCGUGGAGGUCGGAGUCCAAUCAGGUGCUGUCACACAAAGCGUGGACAGCCCCUCCGUCUGAGAAGUUGCUGGAUGAACUUCUAGAUGCCAAAUCCAACCCUUUGGAUGUACUGUACCCCAACCACAUCCCUUACAUGCAGAAAAACGAUCAAGCUCCAAAUACACACCUGCUUCCACUGGACAGGUUGAAAAUCAGGGAGACGGCCCUGACACGCAACAGCUUGGCUCCCAUACGUGACCACUGCACUCAUAGGUUCUCCUUGCCACCGGACCAAGUGUCUCAGGGAGUGAAAAAAUCCAAAUCUCUGCCUCUCAGUUCGCUGAGUCGGACACGGACAGGCCUCCCUCCGCCCAUGACCUCCAAGCCUCACAGGCUGGGGAUGCCCCAGAGCCAGUCUCUCUGCUCCUUCAUGCAUGUCCAGGCGGGGGACCCCCUGCGAAAUGUCCACGUACUCCCCGCCAUCCCAUCCCAGAAGAAACACAGCCCGUCCCCGCCCGAGCCUCAAAGUACCCACAGUAACGACAACAGAACCUGAUGCCUCCUGAGACCUCAUUGGGUGGACUGGGAAGUGAUUAAAGAUUGAGCGGUAUGCUUUUUUCUCCUGUGAGCUAGCAGUUCAUCACAGGACAGCUUUAAUCAGCUGAAAGGGAGCAUAGACCAG